GAGAGACACUCGCCAGUUCAAACUAUACAACUCUAUCAACCUUGAUUUAUCUUUCAUCCCUCACUCCUCCUCCCAACACAUAUCCCACCAUCACAAUGUCGUUCCUCUUUGGCGGUGCCCCCAAGAUGUCCUCGGAGCAGAAGAUUGCUGCCGCUGAGACCGAGGUGGAGAUGAUUUCCGACAUGUUCAACCGCCUGACCGAGUCCUGCACCAAGAAGUGCAUCCCCAAUGACUACCGUGAGGGCGACCUCAACAAGGGCGAGUCCGUCUGUCUCGACCGCUGCGUGUCCAAGUUCUUCGAAGUCAACAUCAAGGUCAGCGAGAAGAUGCAAGGUGAGGCUGCCAACAGACAGGGUGGCAUGGGUGGCAUGGGUAUGUAAAUGUGACGGAUACUCGUGGUGCAAAAAUCUUCCGUUUAUGUAUUUGUAUAAUUGAUUGGGACUUUUCGGAAUAUGGGUGCUUGUCUUGAGGAUUGCUACGAUUACCCGUUGCUACAUGGUUCUGGAUUUUGCAUGGCAUUGCUCUGCGGCGGGAACUGCCGGGUAUAAAGUGGUUGACUGGCUUAAAUGGAUGGAUAUAGAUGAAAAUGAACAAGAGUUACCU